AAAUGAUAAUAUUUAAAUUAGGAAUAUAGUGAUGUGAAUUUCGAAAAAAAAAAAAUGUUUAAAAAUAGUGUACACGCGUUAGUUGCAAGUGGCUGUGCAGAAAAGCUCGUGUUUCGGUGACAAAUAGUUCGACCUCGUAGUCAUUUUCGGACCAAAUUGUGUCUAAAUGGUUUAAUUUGUUCGACAUAGUGCUUAUCUUAUUGAGUGAUGAAACGCAGAAAGUGACAUUUGGAUUUAGUAGUGUAGAAGAUUAAGACUAGUUCUCAAGAUCAAAAUGGCGACUGAACAAGCGCAACUGGCGGGGGCCACGACCCCCGGGGCGGACAGCACCGCGGACCCCACGCAGGCGGUGACCCCCGCCCCACGCAAACAGGCGCGACCAAGAGGCAAGCCGCAACCAGAACGACCCAAGAGAAGCUUGCUAUGUUUAGGGCUGGAGAACCCGUUUAGGAAGUUAUGUUAUGAUAUUGUGGAGUGGAAACCAUUUGAAUAUAUGAUAUUGACGACUAUAUUUGCCAAUUGUAUAGCUCUAGCAGUGUUCACGCCAUAUCCAUUUGGGGAUACGAAUAAUACUAAUCAAAUAUUGGAAAAAGUAGAGUGGAUAUUUAUGGUAAUAUUCACGGGAGAAUGUUUCAUGAAGAUCAUAGCUUAUGGGUUCCUGUUCCACCCAGGAGCGUAUUUGAGGAAUACAUGGAACAGUUUGGAUUUUACGAUAGUCACUAUUGGUAUAGCGAGUCAGGCGCUGCAGUAUAUUUCCAAGGAUGCGUUUGACGUGAAGGCUUUGAGAGCUUUCAGAGUGCUUCGACCACUUCGGCUGGUCUCCGGUGUGCCAAGUUUACAAAUCGUGUUGAAUUCUAUCCUCAAAGCAAUGGUGCCGCUGUUCCACAUAGCCUUCCUGGUGCUGUUCGUCAUUAUCAUUUACGCGAUCAUCGGCCUGGAGUUAUUCUCUGGCGCCCUUCACGAGACCUGCUUCAAAAAUGACACAGAUGAAAUGAUAGAUCCACAAAUUCCGUGCAACAGCGAUGGGGAAACAGGUUAUAAGUGUGACGAUGGCUACAUCUGUAGGGGCCACUGGGAGGGGCCCAACGACGGUAUCACCAACUUCGAUAACAUUGGCUACUCCAUGCUCACUGUGUUCCAAUGCAUCACCCUCGAGGGAUGGACUGACAUUAUGUAUGCUAUAGCGGAUGUGAAAGGCAACACGUGGCCAUGGAUCUAUUUUGUAUCAAUGGUGAUCUUCGGUAACUUCUUUGUCAUGAACUUAAUUCUCGGUGUCUUGUCUGGUGAAUUCUCAAAAGAAAGAGAAAAAGCGAAAAGUCGCGGUGACUUCCAGAAGUCUCGGGAGAGACAACAGUUUGAAGAAGAUCUUAAAGGUUAUUUGAACUGGAUCACAGUUGCAGAGGAAUUGGAUUUAGAAAAUGAUCCUACGCAGAAGGAGGAGAGUCAAGAUUCACAGGGUAAAAACGAUGUAAAAAGUAAUGAUGGCUCUCAAAACAAUGUGAACGUGAACGGCGAACAAACUCACACUACGACGUGUAAAGUGUAUUGCAAGAGGUUCGACAAGGUGAAUAGACGUAUGCGCAGAGCUUGUAGGAAAGCUGUCAAGUCACAAUCAUUUUAUUGGGCAAUCAUUGUUCUGGUUUUCCUGAACACACUUGUACUGGCUACCGAACAUUUUAAUCAACCAGUCUGGUUGGAUGAUUUCCAAAACUAUGCAAACUAUCUCUUCGUCGUACUUUUCACUAUGGAGAUGUUGGUCAAGAUGUACGCGUUAGGUUUCCAGGGUUACUUCGUUUCCCUCUUCAAUCGAUUUGACUGUUUCGUCAUGGUGUGCUCCAUCGUGGAAUUGGCACUGAAUCUAACUGACACUAUCCCGCAGUUGGGUAUCUCUGUACUUAGGUGUGUCCGCUUGCUGAGAGUCUUCAAAGUCACCAAGUACUGGCGUUCUCUAUCCAACCUAGUCGCUUCUCUGCUCAACUCGAUUCAGUCCAUCUUCUCCCUCUUAUUGCUUCUUUUCCUUUUCAUCAUGAUAUUUGCAUUACUCGGUAUGCAAGUCUUCGGUGGCAGGUUUGAUUACAAGCCAGAAGAGGUGAAGGAGAGACAUAACUUCGAUACAUUUUGGCAGGCAGUACUCACAAUGUUUCAGAUCCUAACAGGUGAAGACUGGAACGUAGUGAUGUACGAAGGCAUCAAUGCGUACGGCGGCGCCGGCACGCCUGGAAUGUUGGCCUCUAUAUAUUUCAUUGUCAUUUUCGUUUGUGGUAAUUAUAUUCUACUGAACGUUUUCUUGGCUAUCGCUGUUGAUAAUUUAGGUGAUGCUGAAGAAAUGGACGCCGAAGAAAUUGAAAAGGACAAAGCGGAUGCUGAUAAUCCGGAAGCAGGCAAUCCACAAUUAGAUGAAGAGAGAGGGGAGACUGAUGAUGAAUACGUGAAUGAUGAAGAAGGAUAUUCCAGUGAAGGCCGGAAAUACAAAAGAUAUAAAAGAGUUGCCAGAUCAGAGCAUGAAUAUGAAGAAACGGGCUCUGAAGAGGAUGUGGAAGAGCAGGAACCGGAAGAAAGGGAUAAUGCUGAUGAAGCACUCGUUGCCAUAGAUAAAAUACAGAACGGAGACGUAAAAAAGGAAGACCCUGAGUCGUUGAAACGGCAACCGACCAUAUCGGCCCGACCGCGUCGACUGUCUGAAGUGGAGAUCAAAAGUCAGGAGAAACCAAUACCAGAGGGCAGCAGUUUCUUUAUAUUCUCCAAGAAUAACUGGCUUCGUGUUUCGUGUUACAAGCUACAGAAUAAUUCUUGGUUCAAAAAUUUGAUCCUAGUUUGUAUUUUGGCGUCGUCUCUCAUGUUAGCCAUGGAGGACCCUGUUGGCGGGAAAGGAUCAGAAUUGAAGACUGAGACGCUACGCAAAAUAGACUACUUCUUCACCACGGUGUUCACGUUAGAGCUGGUCCUCAAACUGAUCACAUACGGCUUCAUAUUGCACAAGGAUGCAUUUUGCCGGUCGGCUUUCAACUUGCUCGACAUGCUAGUCGUGAUUGUCUCGCUUAUAUCGCUGAGUGGGUCCAGUAAUGUGUCUUUUAUAAAAAUUUUGAGGGUAUUCCGUGUAUUGAGACCUCUGAGAGCCAUCAACAGAGCGAAAGGACUUAAGCAUGUAGUACAGUGCGUGAUCGUUGCUAUAAAAACGAUCGGCAACAUUCUGUUGGUGACAAAUCUACUACAAUUUAUGUUUGCCGUCAUGGGGGUGCAAAUGUUCAAGGGAAAAUUCUUUAGAUGCACUGAUGUUACAAAAUUGACAUACGAAGAUUGUCGGGGUACAUAUCUAGUGUACAAUGGUGGGAAAGCGUCCAUCGAGGACAGAGUUUGGAAAAAGAAUAAAUUCAAUUUUGACGAUGUACUGAGCGGCAUGCUUACUCUGUUCACCGUAUCGACCUUCGAGGGAUGGCCAAAUUUACUUUCAACGUCUAUGGAUUCGAACGAGGAGAACUACGGCCCCAUAGAAAAUUCUAGACCCCUUGUUGCAUUCUUCUAUAUAAGUUAUAUUAUCGUUAUAGCGUUCUUCAUGGUGAACAUCUUCGUAGGUUUCGUCAUAGUCACAUUCCAGAAAGAGGGCGAGCAGGAGUUCAAGGAUUGCGAACUGGACAAGAAUCAAAGGAACUGCAUAGAAUUCGCUUUGAAAGCAAAACCAAUUAGAAGGUAUAUCCCCAAACAUCGGAUCCAGUACAAGACUUGGUGGUUCGUGACGUCACAGAAGUUUGAAUACUUCAUAUUCUUCUUCAUCGUGUUGAACACAGUGGCGCUGAUGAUGAAGUUCGACGGAGCCUCGCCGGAGUACAAGAAGGUUCUGGACUAUCUAAACAUGAUUCUGACGACUGUUUUCAUGUUGGAAUUUGUUUUUAAAUUGGCAGCCUUCAGAUUCAAGAAUUACUUCGGCGACGCGUGGAACACAACUGAUUUUAUUUUAGUCAUCGGCAGUAUCAUUGACAUAGUCGUCACUCAGGUCAAUGAGAACAAACCGGUUACCGUGUUUACUACAAGUAAAGCAAGUAAAGAGGGCAGUCUUCUAAAAUACAUCACAUUCUUCCGUCUGUUCCGCGCGAUGCGUCUGAUCAAGUUGCUGUCCCGAGGGGAGAGGAUCCGAACCCUCCUGUGGACGUUCAUCAAAUCGUUCCAAGCGCUGCCCUACGUCGCCCUGUUGAUUGUGCUGCUGUUUUUCAUCUACGCUGUUGUUGGGAUGCAGUUAUUUGGUAAAAUCAAUUUUGAUGACGAUCAGAUCACGAGGCAUAACAACUUUCAAUCGUUCGGCAGCGCUCUUAUGGUCUUAUUUAGAUCAGCUACAGGUGAAGCCUGGCAAGAGAUUAUGAUGGCAUUAUCCCCCAACAUUGACGAACGUCCCGAUGAUCCACCAAAGUGCAUAAAGUCAGAGCCCAUAGACGGCGUCCCAAACACUGACAAUGGGGACGAAUUGUGCGGCAAUUGGAUGGCGUUCCCUUACUUCAUAUCAUUCUCUUUGCUUUGUACUUUCCUGAUUAUCAACUUGUUCGUAGCCGUCAUCAUGGACAAUUUCGAUUAUCUAACGAGAGAUUGGUCCAUAUUAGGACCCCAUCAUCUAGACGAGUUUGUCAGAUUGUGGAGUGAAUACGAUCCGGAUGCAAAAGGAAGAAUAAAACACUUGGAUGUCGUUACUUUAUUAAGAAAAAUUAGUCCGCCUUUGGGUUUCGGUAAACUGUGUCCACAUAGAACAGCGUGUAAACGUCUCGUGUCAAUGAACAUGCCCCUAAACUCUGAUGGCACGGUCAAUUUUAACGCCACACUAUUUGCUGUUGUUCGAACCCAGCUGCAGAUAAAGACUUCAGGUGUAAUAGACGAAUGUAACACGGAACUACGAGCCAUCAUUAAAAAAGUAUGGAAACGGACAUCUCCUAAACUUCUGGACCAGGUAGUGCCUCCACCUGGUGAUCCCAAUGAGAUCACAGUUGGCAAGUUCUAUGCUACCUUCCUUAUUCAAGAUUACUUUAGAAGGAACCAUGCGUUCAGAAAGCGCAAGGAACAAGCGGCGGCAGCGUCCUUACAGAACAACCAGAUGACAUUGCAGGCUGGUUUGAGGACCUUGCACGAAGCUGGUCCUGAGCUCAAAAGAGCCAUAUCAGGAAACUUGGACGAGGUUGUUGCAGAAACUGUCGAACCAAUGCAUAGGCGUAACCAUACAUUGUUCGGUUCUGUAUGGACGACAAUCAAACGACACGGUCGGGAGAGUAUCUACGGACGAGAUAGGAAAAAUCCACCGCCUUCAGUCAAAUUGAAAAUGCCUAUCGCCAUUUCAGGUGAGAAGGAAAAUCAAAAUUUGAGCGCAAUGAUGAGGAGAGAACUAGGUAUGGACGGGAAGAUACCAGAAGAAGAGAUGAGAUAUGAAGAAGUAAACCAGAGCGAUGGCGAUGAAGAAAUAGCGAUGCAGCCUCUUCUUCACGGCAAGGACUCUGAGAGGAUAUUUAAAGCUAUCGAAAAAACGUCCAACGAAUUAAUCCAGAGUAUGAGAAACAGCAAUCGUGACAAAACACCGAGUCAGAACAACAACGUGCCUUAUUGUGUCGAGAAUCCAGCGGAGAAUCUUAUUACACGAGUACUGACGGAGCAGGGCCUCGGCAAGUAUUGUGACAAAGAUUUCAUCCAGAGUACCUCGCGUGAGAUGCAGGAGGCGCUCGACCUCACCCAGGAGGAGAUGGACACAGCUGCUAAUCAAAUCAUUUUACAAGAGAGAAAAAUGGGGGCUGCUCAAAAUAGAGCAAAUGAUGUGGAAAGUUUAUAUUCAAGACAGUAUCAUCCUUUCCACCAGCCAGCGAUGCAGCCUCCACCUCGCGGCAAAUAACCGAACAAACGUAGUGUGCUUAUGUUUUUGGAUUCAUCCUUUUUAUAUCUACAUCGGUUGGUACCGUGUGGAUUUUGUACCCAAUACCCUUGCAGGGUUCUGAAGGUACCCAGCCUCGGCGGCUUUGGAGGACUCCCACCGAAAAGUGGAGUCUCAGGGAUUUUUUGAUGAAUAUUUUGUAAAUAAGUAGUUAUUACGAUACUUCGCUUGUCUUAGCUUUGAAAAUAUUACUAGUCUGACUAUGAUUGGUAUAUAUUUUUGGUAUUGCCAUAUAAAAUUAUUGAAAUUUCCCUCAUACAUUGCGGUAAACGAGAGAGAUUGGAUUGUUUGAAUUUUCACCCCAUUCCUAUUGAUUUAAUUCCCAAAUAUAAUAUAAUUUGUGACAUUUAUCGUUUUAAUAGAUAUCUAUCGAUAUAGAGAAAUUAAUUUAUUAUUUACAUUUAUACUUUGAAUAGUGUACAAAGUGAAUUACGGAAUUGUACAAAUUUUCAAAUUGAAAGUUUUAAUCGGUGAGCGACUUUGAUACGUAUUUUUAAAAUGUAUAUUAAAAUAUAUUAAAUUAAAUUUUAAAAUAAAUUAUAAUAUUGUGGCGAUGUGCCUUAUUUAUCCAAGUGUAGAAAUGCCAAAUAAAAUAUUGUGCCAAAAGGUAAAAAUGCCUUAUAAAUAUGAAAUAUAUAAAAUAUAGUAUAUAAAUAUAUAUAUAUAUAUAUAUGUGUUGUCGACAAGCUACUAUUGCAUUAUUUUGUUGCUUGUCGAAUAAAUUUUUAAUAUAUUUUCUUCAAUAAUUAUAUAUUUGAGUAUAAAAAAUUAAUGAAUAUUAUAUAUAUAAAGAAGAAAAUGUUUUUUGAAAAUCAGAGUAAUAUCUAGUCAAAUAUGUAAACAUGGCUUGCUUUGAUAUGUUUUAAAUAUGAAUGUUACGGAUAUAAGACGAGAUAUAUUUUAAUGUUGUAUUUUGUAUGGACUAUAUUUGUUACUCUGUGAAUAAAACUGU